AUGAACGUAGCCCGGCUUCUAGCAACAGUACGUAUGCUGUAAAAAAGGUAUUUUUAUCAAUCUGCAUGUCCUACGCCAAACACGUACAAGUGGACAUGUCUCAGAGGGAGCUGAAGGAAGCAUUUGUCCGUAAUCUCAAUGGGACCAGUCUGCAGGAGGUGGCACUGGGCUCAUUUCUCGCCCCACUAAACAUCAUCAGCAGAGGCCUGGUUCUGAUCCUCUUCCAUCUGGCCAAAGGGACUCUUCCGCUGCCACUGCCACUGAUUUCUCACCUGCUUCUAGACUUCACCGUGCUUAUUCUUCCCCUCGUUCUGUCAUGCACCGUUCUGAGCAGCGUUCUUCACCAGGUCAUCCUGAGCCUAGCCUUUGUUUCGGCCUCCGUGUUUUGCUAUAUCUACCGUGUCAACAGGCAUCCGGCUCGGCACCCACAGAACACUGUCAGCACCUUCCUUCAAAGUCACGUUCAGGUCGACCAGGUUCCCUUUGUGACUAUGUUUCGAGUGUUUGUAAAUGUGAAAACAGCAAUCAGCAUUCUCGCAGUAGAUUUCACUGUCUUCCCAAGGCGAUAUGCAAAAACAGAAACCUAUGGGACAGGUGUUAUGGACUUUGGAGUUGGAGCGUAUGUCUUUGCAAAUGCCCUUGUCUGCCCAGAGGCACGGAGGAAGAACAUAUCAGGAUCCAAGAUUAAUCAUAUCACAAAGCAGCUCCUGGCUGUCUGGCCCCUGGUUGUUCUUGGUAUGAUGAGACUAGUGAGUGUCAAAAUGACUGACUACCAGGAGCAUGUGACAGAAUAUGGCGUCCACUGGAAUUUCUUCUUCACACUAGCCAUCGUCAGAGUUGUGGCUUCUGUGCUUCUGGCUGUUGUACCAGCGAGUCAGUCGUGGGUCUUUGCCCUUCUGAUCAGCGGAUUUUAUCAGCUCACUCUGGAGACAUCAGGGCUGAAGUCUUUCAUUAUCCACAACAGUGACAGAGAAAAAGAUUUUCUGCAUGCUAACAAGGAGGGCAUAUUCUCUGUAGUGGGUUAUGUAGCCAUCUACAUGGCAGGAGUUCAGGUUGGACUCUAUGUGAUGCAACCAAGAUCCCAGGUUAGACAGUGGCUCAAAGCACUUUUUAACCUCUUUUUGGGAAGUUUUGUCCUGUAUGCUGCUUUGUAUACCUGUCAGACACUCGUGGAGCCAGUGUCUCGCCGCAUGGCUAAUUUACCCUUCUGCCUCUGGAGUGUUGCUCAGUCUUUGUUUUUUAUGUCCUGCCUUGGUAUAGCUGAUAUGGUAUUACUGUUUUCUAAAAGAACAUCCGCCUGUCACUUGGUACCCACAUCAUGGCAUUUGUAUAAAUCAGACUCAGGAAAGACGGGUGAAAUAGAAAGACUCUGCCUUGUUCAAGCUGUCAGCAGGAAUCAGUUGUUAUUUUUCUUGCUUGCAAAUGUCCUGACAGGAUUGACCAACUCCAUAGUGGACACACUUACUUGUAGCAGUUUAUUAUCAGUGUGUGUUUGCUGUUGUACAUGUUCAUUAAUUGCGUUGUAAUAUAUGUUUUACAUCUUUGUGGAAUUUCAGUAAAAUUCUGGUAAAAUUACAUUUGUAAAAGUACAGCGUUCAUUUGUGUAUUUUGUGGGGCCGGAGUGACGGACAUUGAAAUUCAGGACAAUUAACUGGGAAGAUGUAAUGUCACAAGAUGAUCUGUAAUGCUAAAGAUACCAUUGUAUAUAAUGUGUUUAUUUCUGCAAAGAAAUACGGGUCUUGAUAAAAUGGUGUUCAGACAUGGUGUUAAGUGUUGUAAA